CGGUCAAGUGUGUCAGGGCUAAGAAAUCUAAAAAAUUUAAACCCGGAGCUGGCUCCCGUUACAUUGGCAAGGACCGCAAUUUAUCUUUUACUUUAUCAGCAGAAGCUAUAGCAAAAGAGAUAAAUUAUGGAAACGUGUCUGGAUUAUGAAAAUAAAAAGCACAGUAAGUAAGAAGUACCUGCUCAUUAUGACGGGAGCCAUUUAAUUGUAUUUAUCUAUUUUUGAAUUUUUUGGCAUUGUCUUUUAGAUUUGUGAUUGGGUGUAGGUGCGAAUUUAAUUAGAUUUUGGCGGUUAGAACGAUUUUAGUGGUGGUUUCCUCAAAUCAAGAGUGUAGAGUUGUUGAUUUAGAGGUGUGCUGUUUUAAAGAUUGAGCAUUAUGAAUUAUACGGGGGUAUACAGGGCCGAUUAAUUACGUGUGAAAGUGGGUCGCGCCGGUCUUGCGGUAAAUUAGGUAGAAUUAAUGGGUUAUACGUGACGGUUCCUGAUGAGUUCAAUCCAUUUCACGACGCAGCAUGAAAACUGAUUCCCCGGGCUUUUUAACGGCCGAAGUUUUUGGAAAUUGCUUUUUUUCUAAACUUUGGAUUGGUAAAAGACGCUGAAUUUUGUUGGUUGAACGAAUAAAAAUGUCUGCUGAAACCGAUUAGCAACAUUUUGAAGGUGUGAUUGUAAAAUUGGGAAAAGUAGGGAUUAAAAGAGGGAGGUUUUCGGAUGGUAGCCGCGAAGCAAUACGGUUUAAAAUUCAACACUUGAGGCGUUAAGCGUUAAGUUAGGAGCGCGAUAAGAGGAGAUUAAGUUAUCGUUAGAUCGGGCGACUAUUGCGAGAGUGAUGAAAAAAGUUAAUUUGGUCACGGACAAGUGCGGGUCAUAAAGAUAAGGACACGCGUGGGGUUACACAAAGUCGACCGAGAAACAAUUUUUUUCACAUACAUAUCAUGAACAAUAAUACUCGCGAAAUCAAGCAAAAAUCCUCGCUCUCCCAUUACUUUCGCUAUGUGAACCUCGCCCUUUAGAAAAACCGAAAUGGGUCCUCCUUUCUGAACGCAAUGACCUCCAUUGGCUUACCCUAACAGCCAAUAGAAAACCCGUAUUUCGGUUUUGUCAACCAGCUCAAAUGGAAUGAACGUAACUUUUGGGUCCGAAGAGAUCGUGACAACCGCGCUCGGUCUCCCCAAUACGUGUUGUUAUCGCUAGACAUACGUUUGUUCGUGUUCGCUAUGAAGACGGUAUAUGUGUAAAUUGUCCAUUGUUGCACAAAUUACGAAUCCAAAACCAAAUUUUCGAAAAACGGCAAAGCGACCGUGCGCACAAGUACAACUUUUUAUGUAUUUGAUUAAGUCCAAGAGACAAGUCAAGUUUGAAGGCAUACGACUCGUCCACCUCUAUUAUUGUUCUAUUGGUAACAGUUAGGAAGUUAGGUGCUGGUCUAAGAUAAUAAUUAUUUUCUCCCCAAAUGUGACAUCCUAAUCAAAAUUGUUUACAGAACCUUAGCCCCACUCCAUAACAACAUUUCUCUUUGUAACAGAUAACGCCCAGUGCGCAGCCAGUUCGCUAUCGGCUUCCGAAUAUUAUGGAGGCUCACCAUACAGGAUACAGCGGCAUGCUGCGAAUAUCCGAGAACGGAAAAGGAUGCUGAGGUCUGCUAUUGGACCCACCGGCAGUAUAAACUCUGCUUUUGACGAGCUUCGAAUGCACGUACCGACUUUUCCAUACGAAAAACGACUCAGCAAGAUUGAUACUCUGCGUCUGGCCAUUGCCUACAUAGCUCUACUGAGAGAAGUGCUUACAGCUGACUGUGAUCCGUUAACAUACGUCGAGCGUUGUCUUAGAGGUGAUAUCAAGGCCGAUAGAGCUCAUUGGAAUACAAGUGACUUGACCGCAAGACUCUCAUGGAUUAACUGGGAAAAUUUGGGAGUAAAUCCGGGGAGGCGCAGUAAUGUUUCUUCCCUGAGUAUUUCUUCGGAAAACAUGAGUCAUUGACUAUAGAAUAGAUGUAACUUUAAGAUGCAUUGUUUGUGCAAUAUUAUUAUUAGCAUUAAACUGCGUAU